GGGGAUAAUAAUUUUGUGGAGUUGCGCAUGAGCCAACUUAUCUAUUUACCCGGAAAGAUCCCGACACCCCGGUCCUUGGUAAAAGUCGCUAUCCCAUUCUAGGCUAGCGUAUUUGAAUAACCCUUAACCCUUCAUCAUCUCACCAAGAUCUUCUGUUAGCAAAACUUAACAUGUUAAUCACUGCUAGAAACGCCAUAGAAACCUUACAUCGGUUGAGUCCAACGUGGCUGGGCUUUUCUAGGUACCUAGUAGAGUGAAGGAUGGAUUAGAAUGUCAGACACGAUCCCUAAAUCUCUCUUCUCCAACUCUCGCUCAAGCUUCGCGCUCAUAGACCCAGCCACAGGGAAUUUCCACCGCCGCUUCGAUCGUCAUGGCUAUCUUACGAGUGGCCUCAGGCGUCACGUCGCCAUCUCCUACGUUUGGAGCGAAUGGAAAACCAACCCUGCCGAUAGGUUACCUGACUGGACUCUUCUUCGCGAGCGUUUACUCGCCGUUGUGGGAGAUAAUGCCCCGGCCGGCCUAAGGAAGGAAACCUGGGGAGUGAAUAAAUGCUGGAUCGACUGCAAGUGCAUAGAUCAAGACUCGGAUUUGGACAAGGCCUAUUGGAUCCCCCGCAUGGACGAGGUCUACGCGGAAGCCCGAUGCACCGUCCUCCUCGUGCGCGACGACCUCUCGCCGCUUAUGCACUUAUCCCACGAGAUAUCAUGUCGCUUCAAGGGUAAACUGAACUCCGUGGAUGAAUUGCUCGCGCCACACAAUUGUCUGCUGAGCCAGAGCUGCACUCUGCUCCCAGACCUAGCACCGGAACGCGAGAAUGUCUGCCUCGACGCGCUCGAGUCCUUUACAAGUGGUGCAUGGCAGAGACGGGCGUGGAUUUUGCAGGAAGUUCUGCUGUCGGAGAACUACCUGCUAAGCUGGGGCGCCAGCGGCUGGAUGAGCCUGUCUGACGUUGGCGUCAUAGCCGGUGCACUGUCGUUCCGCCACCCCACGAAGCUCUGGCUCCGCGAGUUCGCCAACUGGUGCCGCCGCUUAUGGUACCUACGCCAGAAUUACGGAGAAACGCAGUCGUUUGAGCUCUCGGAUGCAAAUGUAUUACAGCUCGCCGCCGGUCUAGAGGCAACUGUACCGUGUGACAAGUUCUAUGCCCUGUGCGGGUUGCUGCGACUCAAGAGUAUUGAAUACAACGCAGGGCAUACCGCCGACGAGGCUUUGCAGAAUAUAGUCGCCGAAUUGGUUAGGAACGGCCGGCUCUCGUGGCUUUAUGCUAUUCGGCCGUGUUUUCCGCCGGCGGGUGUGACCCUUCGAGCUAAUGAUCUGAUGCCCUUCGUGCUCACGCGCCUAGACAGUCGACUAAUGGCCAACCGUAAAGAAAUGACCUUAUCUGGAGGAAGGCUUCGAUUCGCUGGAUCGCCUAUUGGAGUCAUCGUUCGUACUAGUCCUCUGAAGGACUUCCUCGAGCAAGCUGCGGCGGCUUUCGAUCGACACCGCGAGUUCAAUUUCAGUGUUGAAGAAGCACAUCUGGCUUUUGCCCCUGCAGUUAUACGCCGUAUAGCGGUUGAUAUAAUAGAACCGCUCUUAACGGACGCGGUAUUCGACACCAUAUGUGACGGUCUGUCUAUCAGUCGAGAGAUGAGCUCUCGCGGUCUUCGUGUGGCGACUAUGGUCAUGCGUCUCUUUACCUAUCGCAGAAAUGAGGGACAGAGCCAGUUAGAAGAGUAUAACGAAGCAGAUUUAAGAACUCGUGCGAUGAUAGAAGUUGCUGCGUGGUCCAUACAAACGCGAUUAUCAGAGAUGACCGACUUCGCCAUAGUCGGAUAUAGUAGAGAUACCGCAAUCACCGGCGACGAUCCUGCAAACCGGUCGGCAGACGGGAUUGCGCUCAGCACUUCCGCUGUUGAGCUCGCCGCCUUCAUAUACAGCGUUGACGGUGACAGACAGCUACAGGUUAUAGCGGGUGCGCCAGCCACAUCAACAUCUGUGAUGGAAGCAGAUGUAUUGAGCUUUCAGGGGAUGAUGCUAGGUCUCAAUGGCAAUGAAGUGAUCGGUCCCCAGCCGUCUAGGUUAUUCUCGCGUGGGUUUUGGAGAGGACCUGGCCGCGACCAGAAGGCCUGCCAACUAACAUUUGCAUGUGAGUGAGGAAGAGCGUUGUGAUUAGCGUCGUCGCACAACCUCCUAGUAAUUCCUUCAAAUGAGACAGCCGAUUUAUGAGUCGCACGUGCAUAGGGAUGCCAUUUCCAGAUCUCAAAACAUCCAACACCGGAGGUUUCUAUGCUGUGUAAGCAUGAUCUUGAUGCAAAAUCUAAUUCAAUAUGCUUUCGCCCAAAUAGGUUAAGAGUCAAGGCUCCGUUCCGUUAGCUUCGGGUGAGGCGUCGCUACGAGCUUCUAAAGCCCUAAGCUAAAUCAUCGCGAUACCCACACUUCCAAGCUUGUCGAGCUUGCCAAGUUGACCGAAAGGCAAUGGGAUUGUUCCAACACUUGGCAGAUCGUGCUUCAGGCGAGCACGUGGCGGUUCGACGCACAAUGUUUCGAUGUUUCUAACGGCGUUGGUUAAAAAUAUCAUGAAUUCCAAGACUUCAUUUUUUUAAUACGCCUACAUCGAACCAUCGCGUAUGACGAAUCUUAAGGUCGUUGAAA